UCCUCCUGCUCAGCAUCCCUGGGCCUCAGCAGCAGACGGGCCCGGCAGGUGCUCUAGAAUUCCCAGCAGCUCAGGACAGGCCCAGGUGGGGAAGGUCAUUCUCACGACAUUGGAGUCCAGGGCAUGGGGACCCACUCACAGGUUCUCUGUUAGAUCUUCUCAGUGGCAUGAUGGCUCAGCUGGGCUCCACGUGAGGGGACCUUCUGUGGGAGCAGCGGAGGCACAUUCCAGGGUCCUGACUCUGCUCCCUGCACUCCCCCCAGCGCCCUGAGUCCCAUGUCGGGGUCCUGGCCUGAGGGCUCUGCUGAGUGGCUGUGCUGUGUCCCCGUGCAACCGAUGCUAGGCUGCAUUCUGGUGCAUUUUUCUGGCUCUGGCCUCCAAGUUCAUCUGAGGAAGGAACUUCUCCUGACCGCACUGAUCAGGGCUCAGGACAUUGCUCCAGCCCCAGCAGUUGUCCCAGAACCACCUGAGGAGCUGGGCCUGCCUCCGCGGGAUGCCCCAGAGCCGGAGCCUCUCGAAGCCUCAGCUGCGGCCGCAGCACAAUGGGCAGAGCUGGAGGACGCCGGGCCUGGAGACACGCAUGAUGCCAGCUCGUGGGCAGCUGCCAGCCGGGCCAGCGAGGCAGCUGACGGCCCUGAGCCUUCCUGCCCCGGCAGCAGGCCCUUGGAGGAGCCGGGGAACGAGCAGGUCUCCGUCAGCACGUUCCCUGCCCGGCUGGUGGCCGAGCAGCUGACACUCAUGGACAAGGAGCUGUUCCUGGAGCUGGUGCCAAACCACUGUCGGGGGGACCUCUCAUCUAUCAGGAACAAGCCGGGCUACGAGCAUGUGUGCCCCACUGUGCGGGCCAUCGAGAGCCAGUACUACACUGUGGCCGCCUGUGUCCUUACCACCUGCCUCUCGGAACUGAGCCCGCCCGCGCGGGCACGGAUGCUGGAGUACUGGAUCCUGGUGGCCCAGGAGUGCCAGCGCCUCCGCAACUGGGCGUCCACCUAUGCCAUCAUCUGUGCCCUGCAGAGCCCCGCCAUCCGCCGACUCUGCCAGACCUGGGGCCACGUGUCCUGGUGGAGCCGGAGGAAGCUGAAGGCCCUGCGCAGACAGGCCCGGAAACAUAGACACUGCAAGCCCCUGCAGUCUGGGCCUGAGGGAGGAGAGUGGGGGCUGGGCGUGCGGGUAACAGAGGCUCAGGGUCGGGUGCUCAUCCCCAGGUGGAACAGCGCUGCAGCUUUGUGUCCUGCUUGA